GAUCAUUACUGUCUGCCCCAAAUCUAUGAAUUCGCCCAGGAACUGUACCUGGAUCAUAUGCCUGAUUUGCAAGAUAAGAAAGGGCAGUGACCCAAACGGAGUCAAACUUUCCCAGGGGUGUCUUAGGAAGACCUAUCAUGAAGUUUAUAGCUAUGCGACAAAAGGAAAAUUUCCCACAAAUCGGCGAUAGUAGCUAACAAUCGAUUCUAUGCCCUUUCAUGCAUAAAAGACUUUCGUUCUCUCGCUUUUAUUAAGUCUCUUUAUACACAGUCCCCUUGAAGCCAUGAAAGGGUGCUUCCUUCUUUCUGGAGCAAAGGUAAAUCUUUAAUCCGUUGCGCAUCUUUCUAUAAAAUUUUUGGAAUCUCUGAAAUGUUUAGAAGAAAAGUAACACUUGAUAGUGUCGCCAGAAUAAUACUCUUGCUUGAAACCUACCAAAAUCCUCAAAAAAUAUACACUACUUGUCUUCCCAUAAAGCAGAGACAGAGACCCUUCUCCACAAAAAAAUUCCCUGAGUAUGAAAUGCCUUCAGUGACAUGGGGAAUGGUUCAAGGGCGUAAGGAAAAACUGGUGUCUCGGCUCAUAAUUUGUGACUAUUUAAAGAGUAUAGGCAUUGUCCCCAAUGAACUAGAAGACCUAGAAUUGCCAUCCACUGUUGAAAUAAUGCGUCAACGUGUUGAGUUUCUUCACAAACUUGGACUAACAAUUGAUGAUAUCAAUGAGUAUCCUUUGAUGCUUGGAUAUAGUGUGAGGAAAAAUAUAAUUCCUGUUUUAGCCUACUUAGAAAAAAUUGGGAUUGAAAGGUCAAGACUUGGUGAAUUUGUUAAACUUUACCCGCAGUGUCUCCAUGCAAGUGUAGUAGUGGAGCUUGUUCCAGUUGUCAAAUUUUUACGAGGCCUUGAUGUUGAGAAACAUGAUAUUGGGUAUGUUUUAAUGAAAUAUCCUGAGUUGUUAGGGUUUAAGCUUGAGGGAACAAUGAGUACUUCAGUGGCGUAUUUGGUCAGUAUAGGGGUUAAUCCCAGGGAUAUAGGGCCAAUGGUAACACAAUAUCCUUAUUUCUUAGGAAUGAGAGUUGGGACAAUGAUUAAACCAUUUGUGGACUAUUUGGUUUCGUUGGGUCUGCCAAAGAAAAUUUUAGCAAGGAUGCUUGAGAAACGGACGUAUAUACUUGGAUAUGAUCUUGAAGAGACAGUGAAACUGAAUGUAAAUUGCUUACUCAGUUUUGGAAUUAGUAGGGAAGCUUUGCCUUCUGUUAUUGCACAGUAUCCACAAAUUCUUGGCUUGCCUUUGAAGGCUAAGCUGUCAUCACAACAGUAUUUCUUAAACUUGAAGCUCAAGAUCGAUCCUGAUGGGUUUGCUCGUGUAAUUCAGAGGAUGCCACAAAUUGUUAGCCUCCAGCAGCAUGUGAUAUCGAAACCUAUCGAGUUCCUUCUUGACCGGGGUUUUUCAGUUGAAGAUGUGGCUAAGAUGAUCAUAAAAUGUCCUCAGUUAGUUGCUUUACAUGUUAACCUCAUGAAAAAUGGCUAUUACUUUUUUAAGAGCGAUAUGGGCAGGCCAAUGAAAGAACUUGUGGACUUUCCAGACUACUUCACUUAUAGCCUGGAAUCAAGAAUCAAACCAAGGUAUGAGAGGUUACGUAGUAAGGAAAUCAAAUGUUCUUUGGCUUGGUUUCUCAACUGCAGCGACCAAAGAUUUGAAGAGAGAUUGUAUGGUGAUUAUAUAGAGCCUGAAAGUUCUGGUCCAUCAUUUUGCAUGGGUGGGAAGUUAGAGAUGUCAUGCAGUAAUAUUGCAUCAGAAGACGAAAAGGAGAGUGAUGAUGAAACACUUUAUAGACGCACUGUCUCUCUGUAGGAACUUUGCAAGUGAAUUUGCUUUUUUCUGUAGCUUCUAUUGCUAUCAGUUUUGCCGAAGGAGUAGAAUGUAAUUGCUUGGGUUUGCUUCUUUCUCAUUUUCAGUUGUUUCACCUUCUUUACAUGAACACAAUGUAGGAAGAUGAAAGUCUAACUCAUCAUUUACUUUUCAUAUUGGUGGAUUGCUCUGGCUCACGUACAAAAUCAUGAUCUCUGGUCUAUAUUUCAGAUUUAAAGUCAUUGAAAAAUUAACAGUUUAUGGUGUUUGCUUAGUUUUCCUAGCUGUUUAACCUGAAUUGAGAUAUUUUCUAGCUCCAUGCAAGGAAGCUUCUCUUUUCUUUUAUAUAUUUUAGAUUUUCAUCUUCAUACAUUGUACUCUUCCAAAUAUUGGUGAUUGUUCUGUCCCGUAUAUAGAAUUAAGAAUUACGACCUUUCAAAGCUAGUAAGUAGACUAUACUCUUUAGUCUCUGUUUCAGAUUUGAAGUCGUUGAAGAAUCAUAGUUUGUGAUGUUUGUUAGCAUCCUAGCUAUUGGAUUACUGAAUUGGGAAAUUAUGUAGUUUUAACAGGGUACUGUCUGUCAUUUGAAGGCCAAAUUGUUAUCAAAUAUCUCGUGGUGAUGUUUUAACAUGCUCUACUUUAGAAAUCUGCAAAUCGAUAGAAACUAGCUCAGCUUGGGGUUUACCGGCUGGUGAGAGCAAUUCUAAUUACUUCGAGCAGUUCCGUGUAAAUUGUACUUUGCAGAUGAUGUUUUCUGCCACUGACUUAUAGCUUCAUCUUUUGAUAAUAUACCAUUUCUACAAUGCUAACUUGUAGCUUACUCAUGCAUCUAUUUCCUAUGCAUUAGGCUUGUCAAUAGGAAGGAGUGAUUCCUCCUCACUUUAGUGGACCGUGUCGGGCCCAAGUAUAGUCAUAAUUAGGAAAAGAAGCCCUUCCCUCAAGGCCUGGUCUAGUGAUAAGAUCCCAGCGUGUGACAUGUGGGUUAGGCGCACAUCAUGGGUUCAAACUCUAUCGCAGACAAAAGUGUGGUAUUUAUGUGGAAAAGGAUAGAGGGGUGAGCUCACUUUCCACCGAUUUUGAACCGUGCGCCAUUGAUCCUCUGGAAUUUCUCGGUUAUCUCCAGAAACCUCUAGAAGACCGGAAAUUCUUCAGUAUCUUGCAUUGCUCGUGUUUGAUAGAUCUACAGCGUAAAAGUUACAAGCAAGUUGAGCUAUGCUGUGCAGUUCUCUUUUGAUGUUUUGUGCUCCAUGUCCUAAUAGAACCCCUCUUUUAGGUGAAAUCAUUCAGAUGUGAAGUACUGAAACUUGGUGAAAUAGAAUUGAGCAUGGCAAAAGCUGAAUUAUUCACUACCUAUUUUGGUCUUUAUUAUCUACUAAAUUUAUUAUUGGUCGUGAAUUUUCUAUUAAUGCUACAUACACCAACAGAUCUGAAGAGAUGGCAAACUGAGGUUAGGUGGUUUUUUAACCAUGAACAUGGAAACUGUGCAGGGAGAAGUGCCUUCUCUAAGCUGUGCAUGUUAUCUUACAAGCCAUGCUUGUUUGAAGCAACACAUGAGCUGCGGCCAUGUCUGUUGAGGAAAAAAUGAUCAAAUAUGAAGUUCCAAUAUUUUUCUUUUUAUCCACAAGCCUGUGAUUUCAACAAAUAUCAUUAGCGUACAUCUUUUGAUUUUUGACAAGAUAUUUUGUUGUCCAAGUCUCCAAGUUUUAACACAUUGGAGCAGUUAGUACUAUUCUCUACCAAUGGUUUUAUGCACGUAUAGGCCAUGUUUUUUUCAUAACCCCAAUUAACUUGGAGGUCUAAGCCGUGUGUGCUCAAAAUGAUUCAUUAGUUCAUGUACCUCCCCUGCCCUAGGUGGCAAUUAAUUAGGUCAUUGAUUUGAUCAUAGCAAGCUUCUGUGAGAUUUAGCAGUUUGUAACUGUCAUCUGUGCUUUAUUUCUGCUGUAGCUUCCUUCUUUUCUUCUUUAAAGGUUUAGAUGUGCCCAUUGUAAGAUGAAACAUUUUCUGAAUUGAUAUUUAGCAGGGUAAAAGACUUGAUUGAAGGCUGCAUGAAUGGUCAGAGUUCAGUGGGUAUUGGCAAGGUAUGAAUGGCCUUCUCAUGAUUAACAUUUUUCAUGGUGGAAGUUGGCCAGCCAGGCUUGAAGGCUUCAUCAUCUGUUAAAACCCUCCUGCAAGCUUCUGGAGUUGUAACAGUUACACUUGGACUACCAAACAUCAAUGCCUUGUAUAGUCCCUUUUGUCCGAAUCUGCAAAAUACAAUAUAAUUUAAGGCUGGGAAAGCUAUUAAUAGUUGACAUGACCUAAAACAAGAACCAAAAGCACAUAAAACAAAAUUAUAUAAAGGAAAUGGCUCCAUGUACUCUGGUUCAUUGUUUGGGAGUUUGGACCUAUGCCCUUGGGCUGUUGAGCAGAAUUCUUUCAAUUACCCCAUCUCCCACUAGAAAAGAAAGUAGUAUUCAAACUCACUGGGGUGUCUGUGGAAUAAAAAGACAGAGUUCUAGCUAUGUCUCUUGCCUGUCCUGAGUGGAGGCAGAGAUGGGGAAAAAACAACACAUUUAUAUUUUGUUAUGUUUCUGGUGGGAUUGUAGGAAAGCAGAUUAUUUUUUCGAGCUUGUGGUGCUCUCUUUUACAUAAGCCAUUUGUUGGUCAUAAAUUUGAAGAUUUUGCUUUGUUGCAGAGGCUAAGACCUUUGGGAAUAAAUGUUGGAUCGGGAAGAAAUUGGGUUAAACUA